UCUCUUUCCCUCUGUUUUCUCUCUCUCUCUCUCUCUCUACAUUAAACAUGAGAGGAUUUAGUUUCAGAAGCCUCACAUUUAUGAUCCUCAUUGUUAUUCUUUUAUGGUGUUCAAGUUUUAAGAGCUGCAAUGCCAGAAGAGGCAGGCAUUGGAGGAAUAGUAGAAGUUUUUCAGCUUCUUUGUCCAAAAACAAAGGAAGCACUACCCAUCAUACUGGUCAUGGUAACCAUAAAUACAAACCAAAACCAAAGCCGAAACCGAAACCGAAACCAAAACCACCGUCUCAUAAAUCUCCCGUACCUUCACCUCCAGUAGUUACGACGCCAGCACAAGACAUUCCGCCUCCACUUCCGCCACAGAAAGGCUACGGCAGCAGCCAUUCUAUAGUGUUUGACGUGAUGAAUUUUGGCGCUAAGGGCAAUGGAAUUACCGAUGACACCAAGGCGUUUGAAGCUGCUUGGGCAGCUGCGUGUAAAGUUGAAGCAUCAACAGUUAAUGUUCCGGCAAAAUUUGUUUUUCUUGUAGGACCCAUUUCAUUCUCUGGUCCUUACUGUCAGCCUAACAUUUUAUUUCAGCUGGAUGGGACAAUCAUUGCUCCAACGAGCAACAAAGAUUGGGGAAAAGAUCUACUAUGGUGGAUUGAAUUUUCAAAGCUGAAAGGAAUUACGAUCCAGGGAAAGGGUGUAAUUGAUGGAAGAGGCUCUGUCUGGUGGAAGGACUCCCCUUAUGAUGAUCCAAUCGAUGAUGAAACCAAACUCAUCAUCCCAUUAAACAGUACUGUACAAGAGAGGCCGCCGAUGCCGACAAGAAGUGAACUUUAUGGGAAAAUGCCAAGCAUAAAGCCAACUGCACUGAGGUUCUACGGGAGUUUCAAUGCGACUGUGACUGGCAUUAGGAUUCAGAACAGCCCACAAUGCCACCUCAAGUUUGAUAACUGCAUGGGAGUUCUGGUGCAUGAUAUUAGCGUUUUAUCUCCUGGUGACAGUCCCAACACCGAUGGAAUCCACCUCCAGAACUCCAAAGAUGUGCUAAUUCAUAGCAGCAGUCUUGCUUGCGGAGAUGACUGUGUUUCUAUCCAAACCGGAUGCUCAAAUGUGUAUGUACACAAUGUGAAUUGUGGUCCAGGACAUGGAAUCAGCAUUGGAAGUCUGGGAAAAGAUAACACCAAAGCCUGUGUCUCAAACAUCACUGUCCGAGAUGUCAUGAUGCACAACACAAUGAAUGGUGUCAGAAUCAAGACAUGGCAGGGUGGAUCAGGCUCUGUGCAGGGGGUACUUUUCUCAAACAUUCAAGUCUCUGAGGUCCAACUUCCAAUUGUAAUCGAUCAAUUCUACUGUGACAAAAGCAUAUGCAAGAACCAAACAUCUGCUGUGUCUCUAUCAGGAAUCACGUAUGAAAGAAUUAGAGGGACAUACACAGUAAAACCUGUUCAUUUUGCCUGCAGUGACAGCCUACCAUGUAUAGAUGUAACUCUAUCUUUCAUAGAGUUAAAACCACAAGUGGAAAAGUACCACAUGUAUGAUCCCUUCUGCUGGCAGACUUUCGGAGAAUUAACCACUCCUACGGUCCCCCCAAUCGCCUGUUUACAGAUUGGCAAGCCAUCAAGCAACCGACCUCAGUCAGGUCAUGAUGUAUGCAGCAGCUGAGCGAGCUUAGGCUAAAAGUAAUUAACUAUAGUGUAUUCAUUUGUGUGGUAGGCAUGACUGCUGACCCCUCUCACACCUUCAGUUAGUUAGUCAAAAGAGUGUAUACUUAGUCAGUUCUAGUUUGCAGAAUUUUCUUCUUUUUUUAUUAGGAUAUCGUGUGAGUGAAGCUAUACUAUAUAAGAUGCUUGUGAGAUAUAUAAUUUACAGGUUUGGAGUAAAUAAAUCUCAUUUCAAAUGUCAGUAUCUGUAUCACUUAUCUUCAAUCAGAA